AUGGCGGCGGAGCCCCGGCGCCCGUGGGUCCAGGCGCGCAGCGCUUACGGCGCCAGCGAGGCGCUGCGGCGCGCGGUGGGCCGCCGGCGGGACCCCGGGCCGCAGCCCAAUGGGCCGGUCCCCGACGAAGCCCGCGGCCCGGGCCGCCUGGCUCGCUUGCGGGGCCAGCUCCGGGCUGAGGCGGCGGCGCGGGCCGACGCGCCCCGACUGCUACGGCUGGUGGAGCGCGCGGGGGCCGCGGCGGGGGCGGCGGAGACCGGGGAGCAGGCGGAGGAGCGCAGCCGCGGCUCCGUGUGCUCCGUGUGCGGCGAGCCGCGCGGCGGGGCCACCUACCCGGCGGGCGUCCUGGAGGUCAGCGAGCGGCGGCUACAGGAGGGCCUGGCGGCCAUGCGCGCGGAGCUGGGCACGGGGCUGGAGGCGCUGCGCGCGGAGCUCCGGGCCGAGCUGGACGCCCUGCGCGCGCUGCUGCCGCCUCCACCGGCCGCCCGCCGCGAGCCCCGCGUCCCCCGAGGCCCGGCCCUGCUGCGGGCACUGGGCACUGUGAACGCCCUGGCCGCGGGCGCCAGGCCCACCGACGACGCCUCAGACGGCCCGGCCAACGGGGGCGCGAACAGGGCCCCGGCCAGGAAGAACCUCAAGAAGACCCCGGUACCGCCCGGGGCCCCGCAGGGCGGCGGGGAUUAA